GAGAGAGAGAGAGAGAGAAAGCGGCUAUCAUGGCAGCUCUCACUGCAUCAUCACGACACAUGGGGAUGUUUGGCUGCUGUUGGUGAACGCUGUGUGAUGCAGAGGAGAGAGUCGAGGACUUCCUGGAAACCAAAGGCAAGCCGAGGAAACAGGUGUGACCAGCUGAAGGGGCCACAUAAUGAGUGGAAUCCUUAAGAGGAAGCUUGAGGAGGGUCCGGCCCCUUACCUGUCCCUGCAGGGGUCUGAUGAUGAUGAGAUUUCCUGCAGCGACAGCGGCAACAGCAGUGACAGUCUCAACCCUCCCGUCCCCUCUGGACUGCUGGACUCAACUCACCAGCAGAAGUCAAAGCGGAUGCGGGGCCGCAACGUGCACUUUGAGAGCGUGACAGUUUACUACUUCAACCGACGGCAGGGCUUCACGAGCGUGCCCACACAGGGUGGCAGCACGCUGGGGAUGUCACCACGUCACAGCUGGGUGAAGCGCUUCACCCUCAGGGAGUUUGCCAUGGAGCAGAAACAGAGCCACUGGAACAUGCUGAGGGAUCACCUCAAAGAGGAGAAACUCAAUGCCAUCAAACUCAAACUGACUAAGAACGGCACUGUGUCAUCCAUGGAGGCGGAUACCCUGACACUGGAUGACAUCUCUGAAGACGACCUGGAUGUGGACAACACGGAGGUGGACGAUUACUUCUUCCUCCAGCCUCUGACGACCAGGAGGCGCCGCGCCCUUCUCCGUUCCUCAGGGGUCCGACGCAUCGACGUGGAGGAGAAGCACGAACUGCGUGCCCUGCGCAUGUCGCGAGAAGAGUGUGGGUGCCGCUGCCGGGGGAUAUGCGACCCAGAGACCUGUGCUUGCAGCCUGGCCGGCAUUAAGUGCCAGGUAAAUGGAAUUGUGGUGGACCGCAUGUCCUUCCCUUGUGGCUGCACCAAAGAGGGCUGCAGUAACACCACUGGACGCCUGGAGUUCAACCCCGUCCGGGUGCGCACCCACUUCCUGCACACUAUCAUGAAGCUGGAGCUGGAGAGGAGCCGCGAGGAGCAGGAGCAGCAGCAGCAGCAACAGCAUCAUCAGCAGCAGCCAGAGCAGCAACUUGUAACCAAUGGCAACGGUUACCAUGGCGACUCCUCCUUGGUUCAGCAGCAGCAGCAGCAGCCGAACCUGCAGUUUCCACUGGUGAGUGGCGCACCGCACAUUCCCAUCAUGCACCUCCAGAACACAGGUGACACCGGUUCACAUCUACAUGAAGAGGAGGAGGAGGAGGAGGAGGAGGAAGAAGACGAAGAAGAAGAGGAAGAGGAGGAAGAGGAGGAGGGGGAAGAAGAUGAAGAUGAUGAGGAAGAUGAAGCUUAUGAGGAAGACGAGGAUGGCAGCAGUGUUUGCAGUGGGCUGUCGGACUGCAGCACACACAGCUUAGAAACAAUUGACCCCGAGGACAGAGAAGAGGACGAGGAGGAUGAGGAAGACUUUGAUGAUGAGGAGGAGGACGAAGAGGAAGAGGAGGACGACUGGGAUUGCUCUUUGAACGGAUCAGGCCCUCCACCCUACUCAGUCCCUCUUCCCUCAGUGCUGAGUUACACUAAUAGCACACUCAUGAGCCUGAGUAACCCUUUCCACAACACUCCCCCCAUGCAGCAUUAUCAAAUAGACAGCUCUGUGAACGACACGCCUGCUUUUCUCAGUCAAAAUGUCACCCCCACACUCCCCACAGUAGAGACGGCAUUAGAGUCCAAAAUAAACACAGAACCCCACUGCCAGACAGAGCAGCAGAGCAUUCCCUGCCAUUUCCCCGACUCCACAGAGUCCCUCACUAUCCAAACUUGCUCACAUGUAGACACCCGUGAAAGCAGCACUGCCCCUGCUGGCGCAGCAGACAAAGUGCAGCUCUCCACAGAGCUCCAGAACAAUCCAGACCAUCAUGACUCACAGACUGAGGCUUCGGCGGGGUCUGUGGAGCACACAGAGGAGGAAAAAAGAGAGCCGACACAGGAGCGACCAGGACUGCAAAUGGAGGAAGACGCCAAUCAGACGACAAACACAUCAUCAUGCUCAGACAGCACCUGAUGAGCUUCAGAGGGGAGUCAGUUAAUAUUUGGAAAUUUUAACUCAAGAAUUGUGACCUUCAGUGAUCAGAGUUUGAUUUAUUCUUGAUAAGUGCACUUCCAAAGAAAGAAUGAGACACACAGCUUUUGAGUGAAGGCUCAAAGAGGCGACCUAAUUUCAGCUCAGUGCGUCUCUAAACAUUUCUAGGAUUGCUGGUUUAGAUACUAGUCUAUAAACCUAUGAUGAAACAGUUAAAAAAAACAAC